UACUGCUUCUAAACAGAUAGUAGUGACAUUGGGAUGGGUGUGUUGGCCUCUUACUUGCUACUUGCAUUUUGAUUGUUUCAAUCAGUAAAUAAUUGCGGGAUUGUAGGAAUUACAUUUUUAAUUCACAGAUUAUGAAGAACAGAUGUUUUGUAGUUUAUGUCCUUUGUGUGAUUUAAAAAAUAGAAUCUACUGUAUUGUGAACGGGUGUUCUUUUGUCAUACAAUGAAGUUAAAUCUCUUAAUAUCCAGUUAUUUCUUUUGUGCUUUAGCUCCCACCACAAUGCUGAGGACAGCCCCAUGUUCUAUAAAGUUUGUUAAGAGUUUAUCAUCUCCUCAGUCGACCAUCUGUUCACUCUAAAGUCUAAAAUCUCAAUGUUUUUAAGUGCUCAUGUUUUAUCAUUAUUAUAGAUUUUUCUUCUAAAAUAUGAAAUGCUGUGUGACCUGAUGUAGAAAAUAAUUGCAUGCAGAAUGUAAGAUUACUGAGGAACGUGUGUGUGUGUGUGCUAUCAUUUACCUGGUGUUGAUCAAAUAUUUUAGCAGUGCACAGAGCCGUUGGCUUCAUCUGUCAAGGUUAGAUUAGGGUCUUUGCACUUGAAAUAUGUCAAAACAGCAACACUAAUGUUAAACAGCAUAUUUAUAAUCCUGUAGAUUAAUAAAAAAGAAUUAAGAAGAAAAUUACUAAAAAAUAUAUGAUUUUCAGAUCACUUGGGCUAUAAUUUAAUAAAAAAAUCGUAUUAUUAUUUUUCUAAAGAUGAAAAAUAAAUGCAAACGUACUAACAUAUUUUUAUAUUGUUAAAGUAACAUGAUAGUGAUGCUGCCUUGACUUAAUUUCUAGCUUGUAAAAUGUAACUUAUGCGACUCAAUUCAAGAUUUAACUUCAACUGUUUGUUGAUGUGUUUUUUCUUUAUGGCCUUAAUAUGUUUCAUUCUGCUUCAGCCAUGCAGCAGGACCACCCACGUUAUGUGAUUGACAGGCCGGCAUAUAACCUCCCAGACUUCGAUAGGGAGUUUGACAAGAAGAGUAGACAGUUCCCUGUUGGAGAGAAAGUAAAGAAACUCUUCAGAUGCUCUUUGCCGAGACUGAGGGGCUUGUUACUCAGACAUCUGCCUGUACUGAGCUGGCUUCCCAAGUACAAAGCCAAAGACAACUUGCUGUGUGAUGUCAUCAGCGGGGUCAGUGCCGGUACCAUUCAGGUUCCUCAAGGCAUGGCGUUUGCCCUCCUGGCAAAUCUCCCUCCUGUCAACGGUCUCUAUUCCUCUUUCUUCCCCCUAAUCCCGUAUUUCUUCAUGGGCACCGCUCACCAGAUGGUUCCAGGCACUUUCGCUGUCCUCAGCAUUAUGGUGGGAAUCGUAUGUCUUCGGCUGGCCCCAGAGUCGGACUUCAGUCAUUUCAAUGCCACUCUUAAUGCUACAAUAGUGGACACAGACAGGAUGGAUGAGGUUCGCCUUGGAAUAUCUGGAACCCUGGCGUGCCUCACUGCCAUCAUACAGAUCGGCCUCGGCCUCAUGCAGUUUGGGUUUGUUGCCAUCUAUCUGUCGGAGUCCUUCAUCAGAGGCUUCAUGACUGCUGCAGGAUUGCAGAUCCUCAUCUCGGUGCUCAAGUACAUCUUUGGCAUCAAGGUGCCACCUUACAGUGGCCCGCUGGCUGUUAUAUAUACUCUUAUAGAUAUUAUAUCUGGCCUUCCUCACACCAACAUAGCAUCGUUAGUAUUUGCCUUGGUCAGCAGCAUAGUUCUGAUUGUCGCGAAGGAGCUGAGUGCACGCUACCGCCACAAACUGCCCUUCCCCCUUCCUAUGGAGAUCAUUAUUGUGGUGGUGGCAACGGCCAUCUCAGGCCCUCUGAACCUUCCUGAGAUCUAUCACAUGGACAUAGUGGGAGAAAUCCCUUUGGGAUUCCCAGCACCAAUCCUGCCAACAGUGAGUCAGUGGGAAGACAUGUUGAGCACAGCCUUCUCCCUGGCAAUAGUCGGGUAUGUCAUCAACUUGGCUAUGGGCAGGACGCUCGCAGCCAAGCACGGCUACGAUGUGGAUCCCAACCAGGAAAUGCUGGCUCUUGGCUGCAGCAAUUUCCUCGGUUCCUUCUUUAAGAUCCAUGUGAUCUGCUGUGCCCUGUCUGUCACCCUGGCUGUAGACAGUGCUGGGGGAACAUCACAGUUUGCCAGUCUCUGUGUGAUGCUGGUCGUAAUGGUUACCAUGCUCGCAUUGGCAGCCUUCCUGAAACCACUUCCAAAAUCAGUGCUGGGAGCCUUAAUUGCAGUCAACCUGAAGAACACGCUCCUACAGCUCUCUGAUCCCUAUUACUUAUGGAAGAAGAGCAAAUUAGACUGUUGUGUGUGGGUUGUGUCAUUCUUGGCCACAUUCUUUCUUAGCUUGCCUUAUGGAGUCGCUAUCGGAGUGGGCUUUUCCAUCCUGGUAGUGAUAUUCAAGACACAGUUUCGUAAUGGUUCAGCAGUGGUCCAGAUUGUGGAUACAGAUAUCUACAAAAACCCGAAGGUUUACACUAAGGUCGUGUCAAUAACAGGUGUGAAAAUUGUGAACUAUUGUUCGCCACUCUAUUUUGCAAAUGCUGAAAUAUUUCGCCAGAGGGUCAUCAAAAAGACGGGGCUGGACCCUGGCAAACUUAUUCUGGCAAGGAAGAAGUUCUUAGAGAAAGAACAGAAGGAAAAAGCAAAAAAAGAGAAGAAAGACAGGGGGACAAGGAGGAGGAAGCCCAGCUCUUUGGUUACCAUGAAAGUUCAGACCAUAUCUCAGCUUGAACUGCAAAAUGACUUUGAUAUGAACGAUGGCAGUGCCAACCAACCUGAAACUCCCACCAGCUAUGUCAACUUCCACUGCAGUGACAUUGAGCUGGGUGAGCGGACGCCUGACCAAGAGCCACCCAGUCCCUCUGCUGUCACGCUGGAGUCUCAGCCCAUGCCCUUCCACACCCUCAUCCUUGACUUGGCAGGGGUCUGCUUCAUUGAUCUAAUGGGCAUCAAAGUAUUGAUAAAGAUGAAUUCAAGCUAUGCGUCACUGGGCAUUAAACUAUACCUGGCUAAUGUUCAAGCCCAGGUGUAUGAGGAACUGGAGGUUGGAGGAGCUUUUGAUAAGGGGAAUAUUGCCCGCAGUAAUCUCUUCCUUUCCGUCCACGACGCCAUUCUGUUUGCUCAGCACACCUCCGGUGAGAGGCGAGUCUCCCUAAAGCAGGAAGAGACAGCAAAACAAGAACAUGCCUUUAACAUCAAUGAGGAGAUGGAUUUGGAGCAGGUUUGCCUAAUCAAGCUGAUACAGUACACAAUAACAAAUUUUGCCUACAUACUUUUAUUUAUCAUGAAGCCAUUAUUCUUUAUCUAACAGUAGUUUUCCUUUUUAUAGGAAAUGUUUGAGCACUGAUUGCCACAGUGGAGACGAGCAGAGGAAAGAUGCCAAAAACACUUACAAUAAUCUUCAGUGUCACUGUAAUUUAUGGAAAAUUAUUGUUGCCAAAAUACACUCUGUGCACCUUUUUUGCUGACUAUCAAUUAUCCAAAUAAAAUGUUUUACGUUG